CCGCUUCCACAGGCUAAGCUUAAGCUACUACCACCACCCACCCUCGGCUUAAUCCGAUUCCGGAGCCAAGUGAUUCUCGCUUCCGUCGGUCCUCCGCAAUUAUUACCUAGCUCCUUCCUUAAUUAGCCUAUCUCCACCACCACCACCACUAUUACUACUACCUGGCAUCGGACACACACCGCACUCGCCUCUACCCUUUUAUUUCUUCCCCCGCUUGCAACGGCGCUAGGGUUCGGUAAGGAUUAUAGAUGGAGAAGGGGAGUUCAGUGGCGGUGAUGGAGGAGAAGGACCUGGAGUUUCUCUUCGACGGAAGCACCGAUGGAGAAGAAGACGUGGAGGCCCAGACGGAGAAUGGGGAGGAGGAGGAGGGAGAUCGUUCGGCUUCGAUCUUUUCCCAGCAGUGGCCUAAAAGCUACAGGGAAAGUAUUGAUACAUACACGAUUUCUGCAUCACCAGCAUUCGGAAAUCUUGGGCCUAUGCCUAGUAUUAAAUACUCUAGCUUGCUCAGUCAAUUUGGGCAAGAAUCUGAUUUGAGAUCACUUCUUCUUCCCAGUAGUAUAUGUGAGAAGCUAGAAUCCAAUAAAAGCGUAAGGAAAUCUCUUGGUUUGGUAUCGAAUAAGUCAGCCUCCUUCCUGGUUGAGUAUUCUGGUGAAGUAUACAUUCAUCAUGGAUGUAGUGUAACUCAAACAGUCUUUAAUGGAAUUAAUGUAUUAGCUGGGGUUGGCCUUCUUUCUACUCCAUUUACUGUGAAAGAGGGAGGAUGGGCUAGUUUGGUAAUGUUACUUUGUUUUGCUGUAGUUUGUUACUACACUGGCAUUCUUAUGAAGUUUUGCUUUGAGAGCAAAGAAGACAUUUUUAGCUACCCUGAUAUUGGUGAAGCUGCAUUUGGAAAAUUUGGACGCUUAUUUGUAUCUGUUGUCUUGUAUGCGGAACUAUAUUCAUAUUGUGUUGAAUUUAUUAUUUUAGAAGGUGAUAACCUUACUAAGAUCUUUCCUGGGGCUUCUUUGGAUUGGGCUGGGCUGCAUGUAGAUUCUAUCCAUUUGUUCGGGAUUUUAACUGCUCUAAUUAUUCUACCAACUGUUUGGCUACGAGACCUUAGAAUAAUCUCUUAUCUAUCAGCUGGUGGAGUUAUUUCCACUAUAGUGAUCUUUCUCUCUGUGGUCUUCAUUGGUUCUGUCGAUGGCAUUGGAUUCCAUCAUUCUGGUAAAGCUGUGAAAUGGGGAGGCCUACCAUUUUCUAUUGGUGUGUAUGGUUUUUGUUACUCCGGCCAUUCAGUGUUUCCAAAUAUUUACCAAUCAAUGUCAGAUCGAACUAAAUUCAGCAGAGCAUUGUUAAUAUGUUUCAUUUUGUGCACGUUGAUAAAUGGCUCGUUUGCCGCCAUUGGAUAUCUCAUGUUCGGUGAAGCUACGUUGUCCCAAUUAACAUUGAACUUACCAAAGGAUUCAUUUGCCUCAACAGUUGCUUUAUGGACAACGGUGAUCAAUCCAUUCACCAAAUAUGCAUUAUUACUAAAUCCCGUAGCCAGAUCUCUGGAAGAGCUGCUUCCCCAAGAAACUUCUGACAAAGUUUGGUGCUCCAUGUUGUUAAGAACAGGGCUUGUUGUAUCUACCGUACUGGUAGCUUUUGUUCUUCCAUUUUUUGGUCUUAUGAUGGCAUUAGUUGGUUCACUUCUCAGCAUCCUAGUGGCCAUCAUAAUGCCAUCCCUGUGUUUCUUGAGGAUAUCGAGGAACAAAGCUACAUCCUCGCAGGUUGCAAUUAGCAUAGCAAUUGUUGCAUUGGGCGUUGUGUGCGCUUCCCAUGGGACAUAUUCAUCCAUUUCGCAAAUAGCAAAUAAAUACUGAGGUGUAGCACAUACAUUUUGCCUAUAAAUUUGGGAACAUAUUAUUUUCAAGCAAUUUAUGAUUCUUUUCUUUGAUUUGCUAUGUUUGUGAUUUAAACACUUUUCGUUGUAUCCCCAAUCCCCAAUUAAACUCUCUUUCCACUUGUCUUAAAACCUU